UUCUGGACGAAUGCGUGGAUCCACAAAAAUCUGGGUACCCAAUUACCCUCCUUUGCGCCAGUUACUACUCGAAGAGUACCACGACGUCCUCUACGCCGGACACUUCGGUAGCAACAAGACGCUGACCGGUAUCGCAAAGCACUACUACUGGCCCCACUUAGCAGAAGAAGUCCAGAAAUUCGUCACCUCGUGUGAUACCUGUCAGCGGAUGAAGAGCAGCAAGCAGAAAAAGGCGGGACUACUGCAGCCUCUUCCUGUCCCAGAACAACCAUGGCAAGUGGUUAGCCUGGACUUCAUCACCGGGUUACCACCUACCUCCAGCGGUCAUGACGCCAUCCUUGUCGUCAUUGACAAGUUCUCCAAAAUGGGACACUUCAUCCCGACACACACGACGGCACGCACCGAGGAGACAGCACAGCUCUUCGUUCGUCACAUCAUCUCACAGCAUGGCAUCCCAACUACACUCAUCUCCGACCGAGACCCCAAGUUCACUAGCAAGUUCUGGAAGGAACUUAUGUCUCUGCUUGGCACCAAACUCACCAUGUCAUCCGCAUACCAUCCGCAAACAGACGGACAGACCGAGCGCCUCAACCAAAUUGUUGAGCAACUCCUCCGAGCAGCCUGCAAGGACGACAUCUCCAAAUGGGACUUGCACCUGCCCGUACUCGAGUUUGCUUACAACAAUGCUACACAUGCCGCUACUGGACAGACGCCGUUCUUCCUCUGCUACGGACGCCACCCACUCACACCACAAAAACCGACAGCAUCAGCUACACUAGCUCCGAACACACAACUUCCGCCAGUAAGAAACGGUGCUUUCCGCUCCUCCAAGGGAGCGGAAAGCGCCCGGGCUGCGCAUCGAGACCACCGCACCGCCGCAUUCUCAGUGUUCCGCGGCGCACGAGCAGCCGCACUCCGCGGUCCUUCCCCUCUUCCCCCCAGUUUCCGUCUCGCUCCCAGUUUCCUCCCCGUCCUCGCGCCCCCCUCAUCACUCUGUGAAGAAAGUCUUUCCUCAACAGCCCAGAUUUCGCACGCGCCUGUGUCAGAAAGGCUUUCUCCCGCCCCCUCCUCUCCGUUGUAACCCAAUCCGAUGUUUCUGCCUAGAUCGUGCCGUCGCCGUGUCGCUCUCUCCCCGUUCCAACAGCAGCAGAAAUAGUGCUGCUCAGCAAUGUUGGCUUUGGGUGCUGUGGUAACCCGAAUGUCAUCGACAGCCGCCUUUCCGUUGCCCAUUCACGGAGCCCGCGACAGCAGUUCACGCAUAGCGAAAGAGCAGCAUCGCAGUUGUCGCUGCCGCUUUCACCCUCUCCCCUCGCCGCCGCGGCGUUUCCCUUUCCGACCCCGUGCCCCCCUUUCCCCGCGCCUUUCCUUGCGCCCUUACUACUCCCUCAUCCAACGGCCCUCCACAUGUCCCCUCCUCUUCCUGCUAUCAUUGCUGCUGGUUCUGGCCAGUAACGUCAUGUGGCGCCUAGGCAGUGGCGCGCCACUCGGACCAGCUGAACGGAAUGCGCUGCUGGAGAUUUCCAAGGCGAGGAGCGCGUGGGGGGGUUACACGGAGGAGGAGCUGCAGGCGGACUGCGUUGAUAUCGCCUAUAUUGAGUGCGACGACACGGGCGCUGUCACCGCCAUCACCCUGACGAGCUACGACGUCAUUCCCGAUGCCAUUCAGGCGCUCUCCCGCCUGCAGUACCU